CGUGUGUGUGUCUGCUCUACUGUUGCUGCCCUUUGAUCCCGGCAUUAGUGUUAGUUAGGGGCUCGGAGACACACUUACACAGAGAGCAGCCAUAGUCAAGACACGGCAACAACAACAGCACAGAACCCUCCUCCUCCUGUGGUCCUAUACCCAACAAUACACUUUAAACCGCGAGGACAAGACAGGUAUACAGUCCCUGCCAUCACUCUCGCCUACAAUCUCAAUGGGGAAAAACCUUUUUUCUUCUUAUCCCUAAAACAAGGAGGAGAAUGUGACAAAAAGGGGGAAAAUGCCAAGGAGGAAGCAGGAGCAACCCAAACGCCUGCCUUCACAUGUGGACAGCGUCGAGGAGGGUGGGCCCGACGGGGUCUGCUGUCCCGUGGAGGACGACGGCGGCAUUGGCGGCGGUGGCUGGUACGGGAACGCCUCCGACACGCGCUCCGAGUCGUCGUACAGCGGCGACAUCCAUGACGACCAUGAGCUGUUCCUCCACGGGGGCUCCCCCCCCACCCCCUCCCCAGACCGACCUCCAGAACACCCCGACACCUCAACCGAGAGCUCCCUGGGGGCUGCCCUACGCCUGUCCACAGCCACCACCACCGGGCCUCUCUUGAGCUCCUGAGCCUAGGCGUGGACGGAGGGGUGUUCUCUGCCCAAGAUACCCUUUCCUCCGUGGUAUCCUCGCUCUAUGGAGAGGCUGCCUCCGAGGCCCUGGGGAAACCCCUGAGUAGUAACCUGCGGCGCCUCCUAGAGGCUGGCUCGUUGAAGCUGGAUGGGGAACUUCUGGGGAGAGUGAGAGGAGGGGCAGGAGAGUCGCCCCCUAUAGGCUUAGCUCCAGCCCUGACCCUCUCCUCCUCCUCCCAUCAUGCUCAGCAGCUAAGUGCCCUCGCCCGAAAACUGGCGGCCAAUAACAACAACAACAACAGUGGAGGCUCGGCCUCGGCCUCGCCCACCUCUGUUGCCAUGUCGACCACCGCCAUCAAGCAGGAGCCCUGCGACCCCUUCACCUCGGUGGUCACCCCGAACAAUGGCGCUGGCUUCGUGUGGGUGGGAGUGGCCGGUGACGGGAAGUGGCCCCCGGCGAGUUGCGGCGGGUCCAGCCUAUCACCGGACUCGGCCAUCCAGAAGCUGAAAGCGGCAGCCAACGCGGUUUUACAGGACAAGAACGCCACCGUAGUGGCCUCGUCUACUUCCUCUUCAUCAUCCUCCUGCUCUACCGUACCCACCUUGGGAGGAGGGAGCCGGGGAGGAACAGACGACUCUGUACGCUUCGAUGCCUUCACCUCCCCCUUCAGCCCUCAGUCGGCCAGCUCCACGCUAGCCGCCCUGUCCAAGAAAGUGAGCGAGCGCUCCCAGACCACCUCCACCUCCUCAUCAGACCACCAACACCAACCCUCCACCGGCUCCUCCUUCCUCUCCCUGGUCUCUAUGACUUCCUCGGCUGCGCUCCUCAAGGAGGUGGCAGCCCGGGCUGCAGGGAACCUCCUUGCUGAUAAGAUGGAGGCCCCAGCAGGAGGAGGGGCCAUCCAGGAGGACAUCAAGCCCCUGCUGGACAGGAACCAGAAGGCAGGGACCCCCACAGGGCCCUUGAGCACCAUGGACCUGCUGCUGCCCUCCACCCCUAAAGGAAGGGCCAAACCCAGCAGCCAAGCAGGUUCCCCGGGGGAGGACGGAGGGAAGCCGUUCCAGUGUCCGGUGUGUGGCCUGGUCAUCAAGAGGAAGAGCUACUGGAAGAGACACAUGGUGAUCCACACCGGCCUGAAGAGUCACCAGUGUCCCCUGUGCCCCUUCCGCUGCGCCCGCAAAGACAAUCUCAAGUCCCACAUGAAGGUUGGCCCCAGCCACAGAGGAACGCUGAGGGCCACCGGGGCCGACGCUAAGGGUCAAAGGUGGACGGACAGGUCGGGAACCCUUGACCUUAAGGCCAAUAUCAGCGGCCAUUAA